AUGAAGUUUUCCCUCCUUACGGUCGCUUCAGGCCUGCUUCUCUCUUCCUUCUCAUCCGCCAGCCCAGUUUCUGUAGUCCAAGAGACCAAGACCACCUCUGACCUCGUCAAGAGACGUUGCGGUUUUGAGACCUGGGACUCGACCAACAUCAACAACUGGUUCGAGGCUGGCACUGAUGCUUGGUUUGAAGCAUGGUGGCUCAGGUAUCUCGGCGGCAACGGGCCCGAUACUUCGGCUGUGAUUCCCAAUGGCUGGCCAAACAAUUUUGUCAACCUUUUCGGUCGGAUGUACUUGGAUGGUAAAGAGUUCUACAAGUGCGCCAAACCCAACGACCAGUGCUUCGGUGAUGUCUUCUGCGAAGAUAUCAAGUGUUCCGGCAACUGGGGCGAGGAAUGUGGCGACCAUGACAAGCAACGCCCUGUCUACAUGGUUCUUCAGUCCCUUCAAGGUUUCCAGUCUUACUUUAGAGACUUUAUCGAAGUCCUUGAUGAGACUCAGAUGAACCUUCAGGGCAUGUCGGCUUACCUCGUCUCCAACUUCUUCCCUCCCAUUGAAAAGAGCUUCGAGUUCUUCCUCCGUGAACUCCUCGUCGGCAUGGGAACUGCUUUUUCUAUCGGCGGCUCAUACCUCAAGCUCAACAACUGGGUCAAAUCCAACGACUUUGCUAAGGAGUCUUCAUCUGCUUUCGGUGCCUUGCUCAAUGGUAUUGGAACGGGUUACCGUGAGGUUGUGCAGUAUCCUGCUGAUCAAAAGUUUUCCGACUUUGCGGAUCUUGGUGUUUUCAUGACCAAUGUAUUUGAACAGACUCGAACUGCCCUCAAUGAUAUGCAGGAGAAUCUUGCUAUUGGUAAUUACUGGGGCGGCAACCGAUUCUUCAAGUAUGCUUCUGGCGGCGCUUUUCUCCCUGGCCCCGGCCAAGAGUUUAGCAGCGAGCCAUCCGAUUCGCAACUGGCGACUCUUCGCAAGUAUCUCCAAAAGCAGUUCAAUGCUCGGGCCAUCAACUACAUCUGGCGCCAGCAAAAGAUCUUCAUCACCUACACCACUGAUGUCGACGGCUCUUGCGAGCAGGACAAGCAGGGUCCUCAGGAUAUGAAGUACUGCCGCGAGGGUGAUCCUGGUGUCUACUACCUCUACUGGUGGCACGAGGCAUCUGUUGGACUUGGUUCCACUACUGGCCUCAACACUUUUGAUACUGGAAAGAUGGAUCACCCAACUGGUUGGGAUAAGCUUGCUGCUGGCUGGAUCGAGCAGGGUUAUCAGCUAUCCCUCAACGAUGUGUUUGAGGCUUCCAUCGCGGCGUAUCAGGCUCACCGGUUUGAUUACGACGGUGAAAACUCGGUCAAGCGAGCUCAAGAGGCAGUUACUGAUGGUUGGGCUAAUCCCUGGGACCACGGAACGAGCUGGGAGGGUACCUUCACUAUCCCCGUCUGCGACACCGGCGAUGUCAGUUACAAUGUCCAGUUGGGUGAGCGCAUCAUGCCUUGCAACUGUGGUGGUGGAAACGAAGUCGACGCGUGGAAGAAAGCUGCCAAGUUUGACGGCUACCAGACCUAUGACCAACAGUGCACCGAGGGCAAGCAGGCUGAGAGGAAGCAAGAUCGCCGUGGCGGCAAAGGCAAUCAAGAGUCUGACACUCCCGCUCUUCCCUCCGAGGUCAACGAGAUCCAGUGCCUCGCGUCUGAUGGCGUCAACAAGGACAUGGUCUCGCUGGUCACCUAUUGUUCUGCAGCCAUUGCUAGCCUCGGUACGGACCGCAACAGGGAGAUCUGCAGUAAUGACUGCCAGGAUGGAGGAAAGGGCCAGAACAGUGUGUGGUGCCGUAUCGCUCUCGACAACAGCAACAUUCACUUUUGCGCUCUUACUAUCGCUUCCAAGGAUGCUGAGCAUGGAGGUCCUGGAUACGGUUGUCUGACUGUUGGGAAUGCUCAGGACUUUUAUGCCAAUGCUGUGGCUGUUACUGAGGACGGAGUUAGUCGACUUCUUGGGUUAUUGACGACGUAUAUAUCUCUGUGGCUGCUUGUGCCUGGAACUAGCUUCAACUCAACUCUGGCAACCUUGGCUACGGACAUCAUGGCCCGUCUCUGGCAUGAUAUCGUGGAUCGGCAUAGUCCUUUCAUGAUAGAACUUUUCGGUUCUUUUGCAGUUCAGGUUGUCUUUUGGUGGAUUCCAUCUGCCAUCUUCCUUUCUCUCGACUACCUAACUCCAACCUUUGCCGCCAAACACAAGAUCCAGCCUGCCCCGAAACAACCGACGACGGCAGAGGUUUGCGAUGCCAUCGUCAUAUCACUUCGAAACCAGAUCAUCGUCACCACGAUCCAACUAGGCCUAGCCGCCGCAGCAGCCUCACAAAACAAACCCUCCCCGUUUAAAAUUACGACAUCGCUCCCCACAGCAGAGUCAUUCAUCAAAGACCUGGCACUAUGCAUCGUGGCCCGUGAGGUCCUAUUCUAUUAUUCACACCGACUCCUCCACAUCCCGUACUUUUAUCGUCGUAUCCACAAGGUGCACCACAAGUUUACGGCCCCGGUCUCGUUUGCGUCACAGUAUGCACAUCCCGUCGAGCACAUUGUGGCGAAUACUCUUCCUAUCGCGUUGCCGCCCAUGGUCCUAGGAACGCAUAUCAUUACGAUGUGGGUGUUUCUUGCUUGGCAGUUGUUGGAGACGGCGACGGUUCAUAGUGGGUUUGACUUUUUUGGAGGGGCGGCUCGUCGACAUGAUCGUCAUCAUGAGCGGUUUGAUGUUCAUUUUGGAGGAUUGCCUUGGUUGGAUUGGGCUCAUGGGACGGAUGAGAGUAAAAGAAAGAAGGUAUCAUGA